UUGUGGAUUUACUCGAUUGUUAUCGAAGCACUUCUUUGUAGCCUUCGUUUUGAGGUGCAUGAGCUUUUCUUCGAGAUCGUUAGGGAGAAGCAACAUGUUUUCUGUGACGCAAAGGAUUCAGCCCCUGUUCUUGAGCUUAAGAAGAUAGUUGAAGGAAUUCCGGUGAAUGAUCAGAUUCUUGUUCGCUUAAUAGACGAUAACGUGAAUAAUUUUCAACCUCUGGACAACAAGAAGACGUUAGCUGAGAGUGGUUUUAAUGUGAAUAAUGCAAAGGCACAGAGUCCUGCCGUAGUUGCUUUGAUGUUCAAAGGUGAAUCCGCACCCAUCAUCGAUGAGCUGUCGACGCCUCCUCCCAUUCCCGAUGCGAUGAGGAACGAAACACAUUCUCAGGAAUGA